AUGUUAAUUAGAAGAAAUAAUUCGAACCUGAAUGAACCAGACCAUUCUUAUCAACAGAAAAAUCUGACGCGCAUGCAUUCAUAUCGAGCAAACUCGUUUCUUACAGUAAUACAUGCACUGAUUAUUAUUCCAUAUGAAUAUGUGAGACGGAUAACAACUCGGAUAAUCGUGGGAUUCAGUGAUCACAAUCGGUCGAAAUCUUCGAAAAAUAAAUAUUCGUACAGUUGUGAAAUCGGUUCCGUGAAAUACUAUCUCUACUGUGGUAUCAGUGGCUUAUUAAGUUGUGCUAUAACACAUACAGCAGUUGUGCCUUUGGAUUUGAUCAAAUGUCGUUUACAAGUAAAACCUCAGAAAUAUGAAAAUCUCAUCCAUGCGUUUCAAGUAACAAUUGCGGAGGAAGGUAUCUUUAGUCUAACGAAAGGUUGGGCGCCAACAUUCAUUGGUUACUCAUUACAAGGCUUCGGAAAAUUUGGUUUCUAUGAAAUCUUAAAGAAUUUUUACAGUGUUGUCCUUGGUGAACAAAAUGCUUAUCUUUAUCGAACCUUAGUGUAUUUAUUAGCGAGUGCAUCGACAGAAUUUCUUGCUGAUGUUGCUUUAGCACCGUGGGAGGCUAUCAAAGUGCGUAUUCAAACACAAGAUAAUUGGGCAUCGACAUUACAGCAAGGUUUACCGAAAUUCUACGCCGAAGAAGGCCUCGCAGGUUUGUACAAAGGUCUUGUACCAUUAUGGCUUCGUCAGAUUCCGUAUACCAUGAUGAAAUUCGCGUGUUUUGAACGAACUAAAGAAGUGCUUUACAAAUAUCUUUUACGGAAACGUCGUGAACGACGGACAAAGAAGGAAGAACUCGGGAUAACCUUCCUAGCUGGAUAUAUAGCUGGUAUAUUUUGUGCAAUUAUCAGCCAUCCAGCUGACACGAUUGUAUCCAAGUUAAAUAACGAAAAAGGUUUGGGUUUGUUCGAUGCAAUACGACGUGUUGGCUUCGCCGGUAAUGAGUUGAAGUAUAAAUGUACAAAACUUGACUAUUCUCGCGCGUAUUUAGGAUUAUGGAAGGGACUUGGGCCACGCAUUUUUAUAGUGGGAACAUUGAGUGCUAUUCAGUUGUUCUUUUAUGAUACGGCGAAAGUCAUACUCGGUGUGCCACGAAUGUGA